AUGGCCGCUCGACUGGGCCGUGAUAGGGCUGAAGCCCUGGUUCUGGGGCCAAAUUUGCUGCAAACUAAUAUUUCUUCGCAAAUGGGACCUAUAGGAACGUCUGUAGCUCCACGUGAGCCAAGUAAAGACAUUUUUACCUCUGAUUCACCGUUCUCAUCAUGUUGGACGCCAGAGGAGACGUGGCAUAGCGUCUACAACUGGAUUAACAACAGUCAGGCAUCAAAUGAAUCUGAAGGUGGCGAUAGCAUUCGAAGCUCCACUUCGUCAUCACAGCCGCAGACAAGCCCAAAGAUCUCCUCUCUAUGGCAAUCUUUGGACGAGACGCCACUCUUUGACUCCAAUAAUACCACUAAUGAAUUGCCAGAAUACAGUCUGAUUAAUGAAUUGCUUAAGCUAAACCUUGGCCAGCACUUUUCGGCAUUCUCUGUUCCUUCUACCUCAACUCCUGUGAAUAACACACAGAGUACAGCUCCUCAACCUCCAAGACAAGCUCAAGCCCAGUCCGGCAUGCCGGCACAAACAGUCGCCUCUACAGCACCCGCUGCUCCUUCUGCAGCGCCUCCAGCACCAUGGAGAUUGCCUCCUGAUGAUGCCUCCUUCAUGAUGGAUCGUACUCCUCCAACAACAGCUGAUCUAUGGACCGCUAAAGAACAUGACAUGUUCAGCCAUCUUGGAUUUGUUGCACCACCCACUCCUGCAAUGAUGAUGCAGAGUACAGCUGUUCUUGAGCUUCAAACACGUCUUGAAGAAUGCUGCGAAGAGUACAGACAGUUGGAGAAAGAACGCAAGCAAACGGAAGCUGAACUUGCUCGCCACAACUUGGGCAAAAAAAUAAGCUCAUCAAACGGUUUGCCGAUUCCUCGUCUUCCAACCGCUCCUUCUCGUGUUGAUCGUCUUAUUGUUGACUUUUUCCGCGAACAUGCUCGUAUUUCGACCCUCCUUGGAAAGAUGGAGCAACUUCGAGGGCAACCACUACUUCCGUCUGUACAUUUAACUCUUAAAGAACUUCUUGAUGCUGUUACAUUUCUUCAACAUUGUCGUGCCAGUGAGCGCAAUGCUAUUCUCCAGCAGUUACGUGGUGAAGCAAUUCGCUAUAACGAGGAGAAAGAAGCUCUCGCAAUGGGCAAAGCACUAAACAGCGUCCGACGAGCAGCCAUCAGAGCUCGUGCUGCUAACUGGUGUUCUUUGAUCUGGACUCUAGGGCCAGAAGAUGAGCAACAAGCUGGAUAUGUGGAACGUUUGGUCAUGUCCGAUUUCAGUGUCGGACCUCCACCAAUUCGUCCACGCCCCCUAAAAAAAUAA